AAAGGUCUCCUUCUCUGCGAAACAGAGAAGAAAAAGCAGUAGAAAAAAGGAAAAAAAAUAUAUAUAUAUAAAUAAAACCUUCCUUACUUUGCCCUCCAAAUUCUUCAUAUUCACUGAUAUAUAUAUUCUUCAAUGGCUUGUGCUUCUCAGUCCAUGAUUUCUGCAAACACAUGUGCAUUCCCUUGUCAUAGGAUUCUGAAAAAAUAUCAAAAGGCGAGGACAAACACUACUGGUCUUUUCUCUGUUAGAGCUUCCACUGACUCAGAAGAAUCUGACUGCAAUGUGGAAGAAUGUGCUCCAGAUAAAGAGGUUGGGAAGGUGAGCAUGGAGUGGCUGGCUGUGGAGAAGACGAGAGUGGUUGGAACUUUCCCACCACGCAAGAAGGGUUGGACCGGCUAUGUUGAGAAGGACACUGCUGGACAGACGAACAUUUACUCUGUCGAGCCGGCAGUUUACAUAGCAGAGAGUGCAAUCAGCUCUGGAAACGCAGGCACUUCGUCAGAGGGAGCUGAGAACACGGCAGCCAUUGCUGCAGGCUUGGGCCUCAUCUCCCUAGCGGCAGCUUCUUCAAUACUUCUCCAGGUCGGCAAGAACUCGCCACCUCAAAUACAAACCUUAGAAUACUCGGGACCGUCUCUUAGUUACUAUAUCAACAAAUUCCAGCCAUUGGAAAGCAUUGAAGCUUUUAUCCUGCCUGAGUCUCAAAAUCCUCUGGCCAUACCGACUGAAGGCGAGAUGCAGGGCAUUCCUCAAGUACCAGUCGAAUCAGAGAACCAAGGAGAGACCCUUCAUCUGAAUGCAAGUACUUAGCAAAUUCAAAAUGGGUCCAGUUCGACUUGUCAAAAACUCCAGAAUUUUGCAUACCAUAAAAGACGUACUUCUGAUUAUGAUUAAAAUGCGAUUAGACACGUAUGGUUGUACUAAAAAAAGUAAUAUUCUUCUCUGUAAAAAUAAAAAAUAAAAAAUAAAAAAAGAAAAAGAGAGAAAAAGAAAAAAAAUGAAGAUGCAUUGCUGCA